UAUUCUGACAAGUGUCAGCUGUUCUUUUAAACAAGUGGAAAUGGUAUUGUAUUAAUAAACUUUUGUAGUAUGGUGAGAUGCUGUUGUCAAAAGAAUCUAAAUAUACAUGAAGAAGAUAAAUUGCUCUCUCACUCGGUCACUUGUCAGGAACUGUCAAACAUUGUCACCAUCUUCAACAGCCACCUUCAAUCUUCUGAAAUUAAGGGGUUCAAGAUAUUGUGCUGUGUGCUUUGUGCAGCAGUUGAAAUAUUGGCUGUGAAUCUGGUAUAUAUGGGGGAUUCCCAUGAUGUCAUUCUUGCAGCUCUUCUGUUUGUGGUUAUAGUGAUUAAUUUCAUAGAUCUGGUAAUCGUUUCUCUGCCAUUUGGACCCACUCAUGAACUAAAGGACAGCCGUGACCUUGCUGCCAAAGUGUGUUUUGUCAUUCAUGAGAUUUUUGCAAUUGCCAUCGUCAUUAUUGGUGUUUUGAAGAUAGACAAAUGCAGGCACCACAUGAGAGAGUCUUGGCUUCUGAAAGUGAUGGUCGCUUACGCCGUGUGGGUUUUUCUGUUUACAACCAUCUGGGUUUUCUUACCCAGAACUUGCAAACAAACAAGACCGAAGAGAGGCAAAACAGAGAGUUCAAAGAGUGGUGAGGAAGGGAAGCGAAUGCCUAGUGCAGAAGUGACUGUCAUUGCUGUUUCAAUCAUCGUCAUCGCUGGAACCAUAUCUUUCGCUGUGGCUGUCAUUGUUGGGAUAUCUGGGUGUCGGGAAGAAUAGGCUUGUGCACCCAGAUUCAUGGAGAUGUGCUGGUACUUUGCGUGUGUUUCACAGUUGUUUUUCUGUUUGAUACAUUUCAUUUCUAUUUUGUCAUGCUUUUAUCAAGUUAUUCAUUAAUAAAAAUUCAAUUUGAUUACAAAUUGUAGCUUUUGUGAAGGUAAUAAAAAUGUACAUUUGAAACUGUAUUUCCCUGACGCCUUAUGAGCUGUAAAUUCUGUACAUGUUGUUUUCCAAAUUAAAAUAAAGAUAAAGUCGCCAAAAGUACAACAU